CAGCAGAGGUGCGAUUAUGACGAAGAUACAAGCAGAGAUGAAGAUGAGUCUGAGAGGCUUUGUGAUCUACUGAUGGAGUCCUGAUGAAACGAUCGGUUAUUGACUGGUUUAUGUAAAUUUAACGGCUUAGAGCCACAGCUCAAACCUGCGGGAGUGAGUGGGCGUGGCCUCAGUGUCACACGGGAGCAUGUGGUGAAAUAGAAAUGCUGCAAUCCCAUAUAAAUGAGUUACAGUUACAGGAGAUCCGCUUAAAACAGAAUACUUUUGAUUCUUGAUCAGCUCUGAAGCACGGAGCCUGCCAGACGUUUAUUUCGGUCACUUGAGCCUCCUCGUUAUUACGCACGUGUUUCUGAUCCCACCCUCAGACUGUUUUUGCUCCUCUUCAAGACACAAACAGUUGUCAGAGCGCGAUGCUCAGAACAAACGCACCUGUCACCACACUCGAAAACUCUGCUUCAUUUUCACACUGAACCCUUAACCCGUAAGGAUUAAACUGGGAUGUCCUGUUCUCGGGAAAUCUCGCCAUCCUUUGGAUAUUUAGCGAACUCCGAAGAGUCGGAUCAGCAGACCAAUGAGGCGGAAAUGGCCGCUGGGACAUUUGAGCGUCUCUGCUGGAGUCACCGUCUGUGUCUGCAUGUCAGGCAGCUGCCACUCCUCUCUCCUCUCGCCUGCCAUAGAUGGCUUCUGUCAGAUUUCUCCUCUUUUUGUCAUUAAUGUCUAUAUCUGCAGCUCUACAGCAGGAUGUGCAGGCGAAGCUUGGAGAUGACGUCACUCUCCAGUGUGAGAUUUUCACAGAUAAAAUAAUCUCAGUGCUGAAGUGGAGCAGACCUGACCUGAACACAGACGGCUACGUCUACUUCUACAGGAACAAACGCUCCUAUGAAAACUACCAACAUCCAUCUUUUCAUGGCCGAGUGAAGCUGAGGGACCCAGAGAUGAAGGACGGAGACGUUUCUGUGACCCUGAAGAAUGUAACGUUUAAUGACACUAAGAUUUAUGAAUGUCAUGUAGCAGUGAGGAACUCUGGGAGAAGUAAAAGAGCUCACACUGAGAUCAGUCACUUCAUCGGCCUCACAGUCACAGGUAAAGUGCAUAAAAACAUGUUGGAGGAGCAUGUCAUGGAAAGAGAAGAUGCUGAUGAAAACACUGAGGUUGAACAGGUUGAAACACAGACUAUCCUCAUUGUUGCUGGUGUUGCUGCAGCUGCUGCAGCUGCUGGUUUGUUAGUGUUGCUCCUUAAGAAGCAGCAUUUAGUUAAGGUUCCUACUGAGGAAAAAUCACAAGGAAGUUCUGUUGAUAACAAACAGCAGCCAUAAAGAUUACAAUAUAUUUAAUUGAAAGCGAAAAUGAUAAGAUCACAAACUGUUUUUUUAUUAGAUGAUAAUUUAUAACCACUAAAACCAUUAAACAUUGUCCUCACAUAUCUAUCAUAAAAAUAUCCUCAUAUCUACAUUUAUAAUUAUUAAUACAAGUUAAAUAUAUACACUUAGAGCACAAACCUUGCUUAUUGCAAGCUAGUCUGUCCAUUCAAAGCAGUGGUAGGAAACCUUGUAUGUGUGGUAUUUGCACACAUUUGCAUGAAAUGACACCAUAAUUGACUUUAUAAACUUACAGCCAUCCUGUUUCCUCUUAAGGUCUACAAAUCUCAGUUGGAUCAGAAAAACUUGAUUCUAAUUUGUUGGAUUCUAUUUUCUUACAACGUGGGUAUUUGUGCUUGCAGGUGCAAAGACCACAAACAUCAGCAGAUAGGCAUGUAAUGUACUUUAAUUUAAAAAGCAAAGCAUUACUCAAAGCGCUCUAAUUGCAAAUGAACUAUGCAUCCACACAGCACUUUAUUCUGUGUACUUCAAGCAUUUUAUCUACUUCAUAUGCAUGGACGCUUUAGAAUUACUAACUUAACUGACGUGUAUGUGUUUAGACUUUGAGGCAUCUGGAGUACCAAGAAAAUCUAUACAAAAAGGCCACAGCCAGGAUUUGAACCAGGGACGUUCUUGCUUUGAGGCAACACUGCCAAUUGCAUCAAAUUAUAAUAAUAAAAAUGAUAAUAACAACUUUGUGUAACACAUUUAAAAAAAACAAAAACAAAGGAUGAUGGGGUGUUGUUAAGUGCAAUUCCAGAGGGUGUGGGCAACCACAAUGAAUGCUCUGUCCAUGAAAGUACGGAGGCUGGUGCAAGAGAGAGAGAGAGAGCGAGUGAAAGCAGAUCCAUGGCAUCCGAGACUGUGUGUGUGGGUGCAGCAGGUCUGACAAGCACUGAGGGAUUUGUAAGUGAGAAAAAAGUAUCUUGUAAGUAGUGUGUGACUUCAGUGGAUAUCCAUGGAGAUUUGAGGGUGGGGGUGAUGUGUUGUUCAGACUGUUGUAAAAUGUCAGAAAAGGUCAAAUUUGACCCAAACAGAAAGUAAAGGGUUGAGGAAAUAUUAAAUACUGACACUUCAGUAACUACAUUUAUCAAGUACACCACACUGAAGGACAUCUCUGCUGUCCAUUAAUGUCAAAUCAAGUAGUUGCAUUAAAUUUCAGACACUGCGGGUGAUAAUUUCAAAACUACCUCACUUCCUGUUUCACAUAGUCACACAGAGUCAGAUGUUUCAUCUACCCAGUUUUUUUUAUUUGAGCUGUUACAUUUUGAUUUAAAAAAAAAACACAGCUGAAACACUGAAAAUAUGUUUGCAGAUGUUUUAGCAACAUUUACCUCAAAACUGUAAGUGGAAAGUAAAAGUCUACUGAGGCCGGCAAACGUUCUCCACCUCUGUAAAGGUGGUGGUGUGGUGGAUACAUCAGGAGGUUACUAAGGCCUUCAGGGCCUUAAGUCAGCUACAAAUACCAAUUUCCACUUAAAACCUGCUCGGCUCGGAUCUGCUUGGUUUUGGUCAUUUGCGUUUACAAUCGAGUACCACCUGACGUGCGAGCGAUCGUUAAAACAAUGCAGCCAAACAUCAGAAUGUCAAGGUGAUGAUAUACUUGCUGCUUGGUCUGUGGCUUUUUGUCAAAUUUAGGGACUGUGGUGUUUUUUGUGCUGCUCUUUCCCUCGUUGCUGGCUUUUAGCAGUGGCUAGUCAGUGACCUCACUGACUAGCCACUGUUGAUGUCACAUUUUUGGAUCGUCUCACUUAGUUCACUCAUGAAGUACCUAGUACCAGAGACUACCACCUAAUGGAAAACCCUAAAAACUAAGUCAAGCUGAGCUGACUUACUGAGUUAAAACAUUAAGAAAAAAAACAGUAGGAAACUGCUCAGUGAAUUAACAUCCAUUCACUGUUAAAUUAGAUUGAAUUCAAGUUUUUUUUUAAAGUCUAAUGAGCCAAAUGUUUACCUUCUUUUUUCUAACCAAAAGUAGAAGUAAUAGUAUGUCUUUUUUGAGUGUGGGUGUGGCAGAGGCACAUCCCUGUUAAAAGGGAGUUCUUUCUCCCCACUUUAACCAAGUGCUGCUCAUACUGGGUGAUCUGAUCAUUGGAGCCCUUUCUCUCGGUUUAGUGUUUUUAUUAUUAGGUGUUGUGAGCGUAGACUAAACAGAUCUUACUGACCUGAAUUACUUGCACAACCAUACUUUACAUUCCACUGUACAUGUAUGUGUUUGCAGGUUGCUGAAUAUGUAUGAUGAAAUUUUACCUCAAGCACUGAAGG